GCUGCUGGGCUCAGCCGGGCGCGGGCGGCUCCGUGGCGUUUCCUGCCACGCCGGGCCUGCCUGGGCCGCGCCAGCGCCGCUCCGCCGAGGGCCGCGCGUCUGCCGCCACGGGGCCCGGCUCUGCCUGCCCCUCAGAGUCUUGCCCUUUCCCAGGAUGGACCCCCUGGAAACCAGGUCCUGGCAGGCCCUCUUGAAAUACUUGAGGCCCAGGAUUCAGUGACAUUUGAUGACGUGGCACAGUACCUCACACAAGGAGUGGUUGCGACUGGACAGUGACAGGAGGACGCUGGCAUAUUGCAGGAGUGCCACCUCUGGGAAGGAGUUCCUGUUUUGAAUCCUCCCUGGUGUGAGGACACCUGCUGCCGGCCACCGCGCGUCCCUUGAUGCAGACUGGGCGAAGCAGUCCGGUGAGCGAGGGGAAAAGGAACCGGAAAAGUGAGCAGGUCGUGGGGUGAAGCGCGCUGCGCCUUUGGGGAGGGGGUGUGGCUCCUUCCCAGGGGUAGAGGGCGGGGAGCUCCUGGGGCUACUUUGGUGGUAGCGAGUGGGCGGACCCUGGGCCCCCUAUGCCCCUUUCGCUUCCGGGUGGAGGGGCGCCCGCCCUGCUGUGCCCCGACCCCAACGUCACCCCCCCCGCCCCCGCCCUUACCCCCGCCGUGCUCGGGCCGCGGGCGAAUGCGAUUCUUGGCGGAGGAGCGCCACCUCCGUCCCUGUCCCCUGCAGGGCGCGGCGUCCUGCGGUGCUGGCGUCCGAGAGCGCGGGGCCGAGCCGGCGGCGGGCGAUGGGCGAGGACGCUCAGCCGCGGGAGGUGGCGUCCACGAGCUCCCCGCGGGCCGGCGGGCCCAGCGCCGACGUCAGAGCCAACAGGGACCCUGAGGGCCGGGCGGGCGGCCUGCGCGACCUGCCCAUGGAGCACCACUUCGCGUGUAAGGAGUGUGGGGACGCCUUCCGGCUGAAGGUCCUCCUCGUGCAGCACCAGCGGGUUCACAGCGAGGCCAAGGGCUGGGAGUGCGCCGACUGUGGCCGCGUGUUCCGGGCGGCGGCCGAGUUCAACGAGCACCGCAAGAGCCACGCGGCCGCCGAGCCGCAGCCGGGCCCGAGCCGCGCCGCGGAGGCCGCCCCGGAGGAGAGGGAGCAGGCGGAGAGGGCCGCGAAGCCCUUCGAGUGUGAGGAGUGCGGGAAGCGCUUCAAGAAGAACGCGGGCCUCAGCCAGCACCUGCGCGUGCACAGCCGGGAGAAGCCCUUUGACUGUGAGGAGUGCGGGCGCUCGUUCAAAGUGGGCACGCACCUCUUUCGCCAUCAGAAGCUGCACACGGCCGAAAAGCCGUUCGCCUGCAAGGCGUGCGGCCGGGAGUUCCUGGACCGCCAGGAGCUGCUCAAGCACCAGCGCGCGCACACGGGCCACCUGCCCUUCGACUGCGACGACUGCGGCAAGUCGUUCCGCGGCGUCAACGGCCUGGCCGAGCACCAGCGCAUCCACAGCGGGGCCAAGCCGUACGGCUGCCCGCACUGCGGCAAGCUGUUCCGCCGGAGCUCGGAGCUCACCAAGCACCGCCGCAUCCACACGGGCGAGAAGCCGUACGAGUGCGGCCAGUGCGGCAAGGCCUUCCGCCAGAGCUCCAGCCUCCUGGAGCACCAGCGCAUCCACACGGGCGAGCGGCCGUACGGCUGCGGCGACUGCGGCAAGGCCUUCCGCGGCCCGUCCGACCUCAUCAAGCACCGGCGCAUCCACAGCGGACUGAAGCCCUACGAGUGCGACAAGUGCGGCAAGGCCUUCCGCAGGAGCUCGGGCCUCAGCCGCCACCGCAGGACCCACAGCGGAGCGAGGCGCUGCGAGUGCAGCGAGUGCGGCCGCGUGUUCAAGCGGCGCUCGGCGCUGCAGAAGCACCAGCCGAGCCACCGCGACUAGACGCGGCCCCCGGGCCGGGGGGGGGGGGGCGAGGCCCGGGAGGGGCAGGGCAGAGUCAAAGGAGAUGAACACUUUUGUAGCGCUUCUAUAUUUUCCCGUCAGAGAGGUCCGAACCGAUUUAUACCGUCACCAGCAAUUUCUAACUGUCCGUGUUGCCCAUUUUGCCUAUCGAGAGUAGCCUCGAUGACGUUCUGGUUGAUUCUGACUAGCCCGACUCGCGUACAGGCCCUUCAGGGUACUUAAAGCCACGGGCCUGCAAACGGAGAGGGACAGAAGACAAACGUGCGUGGGCCGGGGCGGAGGGGGGCUCGCGGCCCGCCUCUCCGAGCCACCCCCUCCGGGAGCCGGACGCAGAGCGCGUCGGCGACGGCCGCCACAUCAUGUGACCCCAACUUGCCUGAAGACAAGAGAGCCCCAAAGUCGUUUGGCCUACUUGAAUUUAGAAAUGUUUAGGGAUGUAAAUAGAAUACUCAAAGAAAGGUCUUAUAAUAUUUAAUUUAUUAAUUCAGUUCUGCAUACAUACUGUAAAUCACAUAUUGCAUAGAAUAAUAUAUUAAUUUAGAGAAUACCCCCCCCCCCGUUUUCCCUCACGCCACUCCCGAAGAUCAUUGUACUCUAAAUCCUCACGCGCAGUUUCUGACCUCACCGUCCUCACCACCUCACCACCGUCGUAGCCCCUUUGGAGUCACCCGACAGUUUCAAAGCACAUCCAGUGGCUUCCGUUCAUCCAAGCUGUGUGCCACGUAGCACUGUGACAAUCCCUGCACAAGGCCCUCACUAGAAAUUUCCUCCCAAGCGUAAGUACACGUUCACAUUACAUUAGGACAACUGUUGUUGUUUUCCUUGAAUUCAUCCCGUAGCUCUACAACGUAACCACUUAACGUGUUUUGCUUUCUGAAAAUGACCUUCAAAAGACUUUUCUGAAGCAUCUAUAACUUGUCAUUGUGAGGUCGUAUGCCUAGGAAUAAGUAUUGAAUCUGGGUUAAAUUUCUUUUGCAUUCAUUUUCCUGAGACCAAUUCAUUCUGGUGACUUCCAUGUGCGUCCAAAACUAGCGUCGAUUGGGGUCUGUUUUCGGGCUAAUAGGUCUUGUCCUCAAGCAGCACUAUUUGGUUCAAACUCAAGUAGUUGAGAGAGCAUCCCCGUAACAGGGACAUCUCGAGGACUCAAGUAUAAGCUGAUGGCUCGUUUUCAGGAAUGUGAGCCUCCCCGCAAACGGAGCCAGCCCUCCGUUUUGGGCUCUGUAAAACAGGGGUGAUCACAGGACUACCUCCUAAGGUUAUCGUGAGAACCGCGACGCCACGCCUGGCCCGAAGGUGCACCCUCAGUGAAGGGCAUCUGCCGUCAUCACCAUAAUUAUUGCUGUCAUUCUAUGGCUCAUUAGUACCAGAACUGGGGAUGGACCCAGGCCUCCUGACUCCUAGUCUCAUCUUCUUUCUCUCAUGCAAUGACUUAAAUCGUGUUCCCGUUUUCUUGCAUGCAAAUCGUACGUUCAUCUCCUUUGACCAGUUAUCAAGUUACCUUUGGAUAUAUUGACUUUAUACAGCAGUUCUUUCUAGAUCGAUUGUGAUUAUCUUUUUUCCAGUUUUAUUGCUUUUGCCCUUUGUAGCCGUUUUAUUGCAUUUUUGUCGUGCGAAUUUUAAGUUUUCAUAUCCGAGCACUCACCGUUGUCCGUUAAGCCGUAACUUUCAUUGCUUCAGUACUUAGAUACGAUGAUGUUUUCUUCUAGAAUUUUAAUUACAAAUGAAAAGCUGAAAGCCCUGCCCCACCAGAAGGUGGAUGCACCAGGUGGGCAGGCUGGAUGGGAAUGGGCCAGAGAAGCAGGCUCUCUCCUCAUCCAAGAUGCAGACUCUGUGCAUGUCUGUGGGCAGUACUUGACUAUCCAACCUGGCCACGCAGACACGCAAGAGAAACUUCCAUCUCGGAUUGGCCAGAACAUUCUGACUGUUCCUCAGUAUAGCCCUACCUGUCAGCAGCAGGGCUGGGCCUCCACUAGAUCAAUGGGGGGUGGUCCAAAUGUGGUCUUGGCUGCAGCUGGCUGUCCUUCAAGCUUCUGGGAGCUUUGGCCAUGCCCAGCAUGGAUUCAGUGCCUGAGCAGCAGAUCCCCCCCCCACACACAAGACACAUCUCCUCGAACAUAAGAAGACUCACCUGACUGAUGCUGUCGUGUGGAUUGCAUCCUCCUCUCAGCGAGUGACUCUGGAACCAGAAAGAGGUCGGUUUGGUGGCUUUUGCUUUGGGCAACUAGAGGGAAAUUCACCCACAUGUUCUGAUGUUACCUCCUGCAGCUAUACCUAAGAGGAACAACAGAGCAAAGGCUCGGAGAGGAACCGUGCUCCUCUGAUGCCGUGUGUGUCUCGGUGAUAGAAGCUGGCCAAAUAAUAGGCCCCAGCUGUGACAUUCAGCGGCCAUGCCCAGGAGGGGCAAUAAAACAGGGGUCUGGAGGGCAAUGAUGCCCUUCUGAUGGCCCAUGUGGCAUAUACAUAGAAGCUGAUCGUCCCGGGGUCAGGCUGUUACUUCCAACAGCCUCCCUCGAGAGGAACAGCAGCAAGGGCUGGCCAGAAACCUGACCCCCAGUGACCUGCAGAACCUGCAGGUGGAAGCCAGCCUCACUGGGGCUGUGGUGUGACUUCCCAGCAGCUGUCCCCGGGGGCCUCUAGAGGGCCCAUGGAGGAGGUGUACCCUUCUGAUGGGCCCACCCAGGCUGAGGCAGAGCUUCCCGGCAGGCACAUCUGGAAGAGCUUCUCAGGCCCCCAUCCUGGGAAGCAGGGUCCCACGGUGGCCCCUGUGACCUUAGCCAGAAGGUACUCUGGAGUGGCCCCCAGGCCACAGUGGUGGCUCUCUGUGACGUCUCCAUCCUGACCCUCAGGCUGGAGAGAAGCCAACAGCACUUGUUACAUAGCCGCUCCUUUUGCUCUGUGGCUUCAGUUCUUGCAGUAGUUGUGAAACUGUGUCUGAAAUCACUGCUUCCUUCUGCAUCCGUUUUCUCUUUUCAAGCUGUCAGGACAUGUUCGACACAGCCGUCAUCCGGUAAGGAAUCUGACAUUCACGAGGGGCAAGGCUGGCGACUGUCGCUGGAAGUACUCUGCCAUUUCUUGCUUGUUCACUAGCCAUUUUGUCAGCUUUCACGAAGGAUCCAGAUACAGUAUUAACUCAGAACUUAGCGUUGUCGCCACCGCUCCAUUCCUCCCCAGCCAGGCAGGACACGGCAUCCUGGCAGUCAUGCCGUCCUUGAGGUUUUUCCGUUCUCGGUUCUGUCGUUUUCUCCAAAACCAACCCUCCUCUAGAGUUAACACUAAAGACCGCGUCUUUUCUGCCACUGUGUUUGCGCGUGAAGUCCGUGCUCUCUCCCGCGCAAGCAUGCGUGGCUUUAACGUGUGUCCCGUAGUUGUGCCAAGUUUCGUUUUUUUGCCUCUGGUAACUUGGGGGUGGAUUCCUUGGAUUCUGUAGGUGUACUGCUACGUCAGAUGCAAAAUGUGAUCAAGCUUCCUGUUGUGUGUGCUCGUCUAUGCAUUUGUGUAUCUACCUCAUUUCGUUUUUUUUCUUUCUAAUCACACACAUUCCUUUUGCAAGGGAAAUGAAGAGCAGUUGGGUUACACAGAAUGCCGACUCUCAUUAGAAAUAGAUCCUUUUCUUAUUUGCCGAAAGAAACCUUCCAUUGCUUUUAUUAAAGUUUUGAAUACUUGCUGACAUUUUUUCAAUGAAAGUUGUUGUUUACCAUUGUUGCUGCUUAUUAAGAUUAACUGUGUUGAUUAGUUGUGUCACACCCACUUCUGCAUUUCCACAGUGAGCCCCACCCAGUCGCAGUGUUGGCAUUCCACGGGCUCGGGGCUGCAGCCCUCACCCCCCACUUUUAGGCCAUAGUAGUUAAACCAGAACUGAACGCUUGACUCGGGCAGCAACUGGUCAUCAGAGCUGGCUGGAGGCGACAGGCUGGGCCGUUCAGUUCCUCUGUUUGUCGCAAAAUGGAAACAAGAGACACGAGAGAGAAGUUUCUAGUUGGUGUUACAAGACAGAGGGAGCCACGCGGUAUUUGGCGGAGUCGACCCCGUGGGUGACACCAGUUGGAAGAUCUGCGGGCUCCUGCUCAGCACUCCAGAGAGCUGCCUCAACUCCCGCGCCCCGACGGAGUCCUGGCCUCGUUAUGUUCUUGGAUCUCUGGCAGUUGCCCUCACCAGUUCGUUUGUCUCCCCACCAGAGUCUCCCUUGACCGAAGCCAGCUUGAGGGGGCUCUGCUUUCUGCAACCCGUCAAGAGUCAGUGGCCUUUUACCACUUGGCCGCGUCCUGAGAAGAAUCACAUGGCUGGUUUCCUCAUGGUCCACCCCGCUCGAGCUCCUGGCCCCAGCCCCACCUGACGGUCGCAAACACCUGUUUAAAUGUGGUCCUGUGUUCCGUUCGCUCCGAUGGGUAAAAAUCUAUGCCUUUUACUCUCAGCGAGUUUGACCAAUGCCUUUCUGUCCGGGUACCGUGCCUGUACGGAUCCCCUGUUUGUCCCGUGAAGCGAGUGUCAGUCAACACCCGCCCUGUUGUUCAUUUUGGAAGUGUCUCGCUACUUCCGGAGAAUCUGUUAAAGUGGGGAAUUGGGAAUUUCUCUAUUACUAGUAUACUCACGUGCUGUACUUCUCAUCAUUGUAUCGGUGUAGGUGUUUACUUUCCAAGCUAGAGAUGGUCUCUUUUAACUUGGCCUUCAAUGCUCUUUGCAUAUCUAAGAACAGUAGCUGGGCCCGCCCCAGUCCAUGUUUCAGUUGUUGGCGCUCUUCUCUCAUUCCUCCCUGGUCUCCUUAACUUGUCUGUUUUACGGCACUUACUAUAAUCAGCCUUGCACUAGAGCUUCGCCCUCCCCACCCCCCCUCCCGCGUUAGAUUGUGAGCUCUUAUAAGACAGGGGUGACCCUUCAUGUCUGAUUCCCCUACCAGAUCUAGCACAGUGCCUUGCAUCAAGUAGAUUUCAAUAAAUAUA